AUGGACAUUAGGAGUGACAGUUUCUCGGUGAAGGUGACUCAAAAGGAAGUGGUUCAUGCUGAAGAAGCAUGUAAUGAGCACUGGUUACCCUUUACAAACUUUGAUUUGCUUGUGCCACCUUUGGAGGUUGGCUCAAUCUUCUUUUACAAGAAACCCGCCCAUGCGACGAGUUUCUUCACCAUUGUAAACACGCUUAAAGCUUCUCUAUCUCAAGCUCUCGCACUCUACCCUCCCCUCGCAGGCGAGAUAGCGUGGAAUGGAGCUGCUGGAGAGAAUCAAAUUCACUGCAACAACCGAGGGGUUUACUUCAUUGAAGCUGUUGCUGACGUGGUUCUCAAGGAACUGAAUUUGUACAAUCCUGAUGAGUGCAUAGAGGGUAAACUAAUGCCCAAGAAACUACUACAUGGGGUUCUUGCUAUCCAGGUUACAAAGUUAAAAUGUGAUGGCAUGGUGAUAGGGAUCAUGGUUGAUCAUCGUAUAGUAGAUGGUUACUCAGCUAACAUGUUUAUUUCAUCAUGGGCAGACAUAACUCGAUCUAAAACUCCAUCAAUGAUCCCCUCCUUUGAGAGGUCAUACCUAAAACCAAGGUCCCCAAAAGUUUAUUCACCAUUAAUAGACAAUGUGUUUGCUCCAUUUUUACCACCAUCCAACCCUGAUACAAAUGACCUAGGUAAAGAAGACGGUGACAAGUAUCCACAUGUUAAUCGCGUAUACUACAUCGAGGGUGAGCAACUUAAAAUGUUACAACAGUUGGUGAACGAAAACGGGGCCAGGAGGUCUAAGCUAGUGGCAUUCACCUCUUUCUUGUGGAAGCUAGUGGCUUUGAGCAUGGAAAACUCAGGAAAACAAAAUGAAGCAUGUAAUGUGAUUGUUGCUGUAGAUGGAAGAAGAAGGUUGAGCUAG